AUGACGAGCGCUCCUUGUACUGGUCUGGUGACGUCACCAUCAGCACAGGCUGGUCUGGUGACGUCACCAUCAGCACAGGCUGGUCUGGUGACGUCACCAUCAUCACAGGCUGGUCUGGUGACGUCACCAUCAGCACAGGCUGGUCUGGUGAAGUCACCAUCAGCACAGGCUGGUCUGGUGACGUCACCAUCAGCACAGACUGGUCUGGUGACGUCACCGUCAGCACAGGCUGGUCUGGUGAAGUCACCAUCAGCACAGACUGGUCUGGUGACGUCACCAUCAGCACAGACUGGUCUGGUGAAGUCACCAUCAGCACAGGCUAGUCUGGUGAAGUCACCAUCAGCACAGGCUGGUCUGGUGACGUCACCAUCAGCACAGACUGGUCUGGUGAAGUCACCAUCAGCACAGGCUGGUCUGGUGACGUCACCAUCAGCACAGACUGGUCUGGUGACGUCACCAUCAGCACAGACUGGUCUGGUGGCGUCACCAUCAGCACAGACUGGUCUGGUGAAGUCACCAUCAGCACAGACUGGUCUGGUGAAGUACCAUCAGCACAGGCUGGUCUGGUGA